GCACUCGAAUUUCGCAUUCACAUUCUCAUUCGUCAAUUAGUCGCCGGCGCGAGCGAACCGCGAGUGCGGAAAAGGAAAAUCUUCCGAAACGGACUUUCCUCCAGCUGGAAAACUGCUAUCCCGACCAAGACUAGGAGCGAUCAGUGGAGAUUUCGAAACCCGAAAGCAGGGCACUCCUCACUGAUGGCCAAGCGAGGAGCAAAUGUGAUUUGGUUUCGCCAUGGACUGCGGCUCCAUGAUAAUCCCGCUCUAUUGGCCGCCCUCGCCGAUAAGGAUCAGGGUGUAGCCCUCAUUCCCGUUUUCAUAUUCGAUGGAGAGAGUGCAGGUACCAAGAAUGUGGGCUACAACCGAAUGCGUUUCCUGCUGGACUCGCUGCAGGACAUCGACGACCAGCUGCAGGAGGCAACAGAUGGACGUGGACGCCUCCUCGUCUUCGAGGGCGAACCGGCUUUUAUCUUCCGACGGCUGCACGAGCAAGUGCGUCUGCACAGGCUAUGCAUAGAGCAGGACUGCGAGCCGAUUUGGAAUCAUCGCGAUGAGACCAUCCGUGCUCUAUGUCGGGAGCUGGGUAUCGACUUUGUCGAGAAGGUGUCACACACGCUGUGGGAUCCGCAACUGGUGAUUGAGACCAAUGGGGGCAUUCCACCGCUCACCUAUCAAAUGUUCCUGCACACAGUGCAAAUUAUUGGGCUUCCUCCGCGUCCCACCGCCGAUGCUCGACUGGAAGACGCCACCUUUGUGGAGUUGGAUCCCGAGUUCCGCCGGAGUAUUAACAUGUUCGAGAAGCUGCCCACACCGCAUCACUUCAAUGUGUAUGAGGACAACAUGGGUUUUCUGGCCAAGAUUAAGUGGCGCGGAGGCGAAAAACAGGCCUUGCUGCUUCUGGGUGAGCGUCUCAAAGUGGAGCAACACGCGUUUGAGCGCGGAUUUUAUCUGCCCAACCAGGCGCUGCCCAAUAUCCACGACUCCCCCAAGUCGAUGAGCGCCCAUCUGCGCUUUGGUUGUCUUUCGGUACGUCGCUUCUACUGGAGCGUCCAUGAUCUCUUCAAGAAUGUCCAGCUGCGCGCUUGUGUGCGGGGCGUUCAGAUGACUGGCGGCGCACACAUCACGGGACAGUUGAUCUGGCGGGAAUACUUCUACACCAUGUCGGUGAACAAUCCGAACUACGAUCGCAUGGAGGGCAAUGAGAUCUGCCUGAGCAUCCCGUGGGCUAAGCCGAAAGAGGAUCUCCUGCAGCGCUGGCGCUUAGGCCAAACGGGAUUCCCGCUCAUCGAUGGCGCCAUGCGACAGCUCCUGGCCGAGGGAUGGCUCCACCACACGCUGCGCAACACGGUGGCCACCUUCCUCACGCGCGGCGGGCUGUGGCAGAGCUGGGAGCACGGACUGCAGCACUUCCUGAAGUAUCUGCUGGAUGCGGAUUGGUCGGUCUGCGCUGGCAACUGGAUGUGGGUAUCCAGCUCGGCCUUCGAAAGGCUGCUGGACUCCUCCCUGGUCACCUGUCCGGUGGCAUUGGCCAAGCGACUUGAUCCGGACGGGACCUACAUCAAGCAGUACGUCCCGGAGUUGGUAAAAGUGCCCAAGGAAUUUGUUCACGAGCCAUGGCGAAUGUCUGCCGAGCAGCAGGAGCAGUACGAGUGCCUGAUCGGAGUCCAUUAUCCGGAGCGGAUCAUCGACCUCACCAUGGCCGUACAGCGCAACAUGCUGGCCAUGAAGGCGCUCCGGAACUCGCUGAUCACCCCGCCUCCGCAUUGCCGCCCAUCCAACGAGGAGGAAGUGCGUCAGUUCUUCUGGCUGGCCGACGUGGUGGUUUGAAGGAGCAUGAUAACCAAUCCAAUUUUGAUUCGAUUCGAUUUCACAAUUAAUAAACUAUUACCAGUAAAAUAUUAUAUAU